UUUGCCGUAUAGAACCACAUAGUAUCAACGAUAAGCUAGACAACUUUCUCGCCAAGAGCUCGCCCACUAAACCCAACGGCAGUGCUUUGAUUAUCCAUUGAUUUAAAACUGCCUUGCUUUUAUCAUCGCUUCUGCCCUACCAAGUCACUGCUGUCUCCGCCCACCCCUGUCAAUCCAGCCCUGAGUAGUUGCAUCAACUACCUCACCCGUGCUCUAAGGCCCGAUUAAACAAGCCCCCAGCUUUGAGAGUCGUGAUGACCAGUCACGAUGGUUCCCCCCUCUCGGUCCCUCUGCGCGUGUAUGCCAACCUCAACCACAGCUUACAUUCGCUAGGUCUGAACGUCUACCAGUCACACUUGUCUGAUUCCAAAGUCUCGCUAUCCAAUACCAAUCUUUCCCUUCCGUAUGACAACCGGGUCUCGUUGGAGGGUCCACAGUCUACACUUGCGUCUCCGAUGGGCCAAGAGCCACCCAGGGAUGACUUUAACGACAGUUUUGUGGAGUUUGACUUUGGCAAAGCAAGCAAAAGGGACGACUACGAGAUGAGGUUCGGCGGUAAAAGCUCACAGCCCCAACCGGAACCCACAAAAGCUAAGCCGAAACUUGGCCCCGCACCAGUGGUAGUCCCCAAACCUAGCGUGAAUCCUGAAGAUGACGACUUCUUCUCGGGAACCGUCACCGAAUCUGAAGGGUUUGCCGUGUCUGGUGAGUGGAAGGAGAUCAAAACCGUAACCGACGCCAACUUUUACGACGAUCGUGGGGCUGUGACCUUUGCCAACGACCGUCGGUCCCUCGACGAAGCGGAAAGACAGAAAGCCGCCCUCCACGGUUAUACCCGUAUCGACGCGGAGGAGCAGGCGACAAAGUAUUCUGCUAUCAACUCCAAGACGGAUUUUUUGUUUCUGAAAGAAGCUGUGCCAACCGAGGUGGGCACUGAUUCUGAUUCCGACCUAGACUACGAUGAGCAGUUCCAGCCGCCAUCCACCUCGCUAAAUGCUAAUGAAACCCCCGCGGAGCAGCUCCAGAACACCAAGGCAAUGCUUCUGGACGUGGAGAAAAUCGCCUAUGUUGGCCUAGUGAAUCUUACAAUGAUUGAUAUGGCAACCGACUUGGCCAAGGUCUGCACGCUGACCACCAAACUGAAGGUUGCCAAGAAGUUGUCUAUUUCACAGGCCAACUUUGGAAACUUGUACCAGAGAGUUAUGGAAAAGGUGUACGAGCACAUGGAUUUGAAUGCAGAGGAGCGGCUGAUGAUCGAGAAGUUGAGCCAGCACGGCAUUCAGCCGAGGGACAUCUGCGGAGCGUUGAUUUCGCUGACACCGAAGGUAGUGGAAAAUCCUGUUUAUGAGGAAGACGACGCAAGUAUAGGCACUGACGUCAAGGAUGUCGAGCCUAGUGCUACUCUCAGUGCUUUGAGCAAUACAGCUGUGGCCCAAGGGCCAGCUCGUGAUUCAGAUGAUGCCAGUUCUAAGAAUAACGCUGAGGCUUUUGACGAAGCCAGCAGCAUCACAAUGGCCUCGCCAUACACUUCAGGAAAAGAUCUUGACCCAGUAAACCCUUUCAGAGACACCACAUCCACCCAGGAAACCUCGAAGGAACCCAUACUGAACCCUUUCAGCGAUCCAGACCCUGCUUCGCAAACACCGGAAAAGCUCCCGGUCAGAAUGCAAAAGACCCUUUCCAUCGACCUCAAAUGGACCCUCAUGUGUGACCUCUUUCUUCUCCUCGUCUCCGAUCAGGUCUACGAUGCCCGCUGCCGGACGCUUCUCUUCAAGGCCGCUGCCAACCUCGAUAUUUCCGAGCUUGAAGUCUGCCUCUUUGAAAAGAAAGUCACCGAGUCCAUCGAAGUCAACAACUCCACGGGCGAAGAGCAGCUCGACGAGAAAGACCUUGUGGCCCGGAGAUCCCGCUUGGACAAGCGUAAGCGGGCGGUGUAUAUCGGCCUUGCGACCAUUGGUGGGGGUCUUGUGAUCGGUCUCUCGGCCGGGCUACUAGCUCCAGUGAUCGGGGCCGGAAUCGCUGCUGGGCUCACGACCGUUGGGAUUGCCGGUACUUCUGGCUUCCUCGCCGGUGUGGGUGGGACGGCGAUCGUCACCACCACCGGUGUGAUUGCCGGUGCGAGGGUCGGGAGCAAGGGGAUGGCUAAACGAGUGGGGUCGGUCAAAACCUUUGAAUUCAAGCCCUUGCACCACAAUCAGCGCACCAACUUGAUCAUUACCGUCUCUGGGUGGAUGAAUUCGACGUCCGAUGACGUCAGAUUGCCCUUCUCUACCGUAGAUCCUAUCAUGGGUGACUUGUUUUCCUUGCUCUGGGAACCGGAGAUGCUUACCUCGAUGGGCCAAACCAUCAACAUCCUCGCAACCGAGGCUCUCACCCAGUCGAUCCAGCAGAUUCUCGGCUCUACCGUCUUGAUUGGUCUUAUGGCGUCCAUCCAGUUGCCCAUGGCUCUUUCCAAGCUCGGUUACUUGCUAGACAACCCCUGGAACGUCUCCUUGGAUCGAGCCUACUCGUCCGGGUUGAUUCUCGCCGAUACGCUCAUGGCGCGUAACUUGGGUCUGAGACCGGUUACUUUGGUCGGCUUUUCCCUUGGCGCCAAGCUUAUCUACACCUGUUUGACAGAGCUUGCCAAACGGGGAGCGUACGGUUUGGUGGAGAACGUCUACAUCUUUGGUGCUCCGGUGACCGUCCAGCACGACCAGAUGAGCCUUGCGCGAUCUGUUGUUAGUGGCCGGUUCGUUAACGGUUUUUCCAAAAAAGACUGGAUCUUGGGUUACUUGUUCCGUGCCACUGGUGGUGGGUUGCGCAGUGUCGCGGGCUUGUCGCCGAUUGAAUCCAUCUACGGUAUCGAAAACUUUGACUGCACUGAGUAUGUCGAGGGCCACAUGGCUUAUAGAAAGGUGAUGCCGUUGCUUAUGUCAAAGGUGGGCUGGGAAGUGUUGUCGGAGGAGUUUGUGGAAAUUGACGGCCCGGACCCAGAACAACAGGAGAGACAGAGAAAGCUAAUCCUGGAAUUCGAAGAGGCGAAGGAUAAGAUGAACGCCGAGAUUGAUGCCAAGAAGAGGAAGAAGAAGGGCUGGAAGACAUGGUUUACGCCAAAAAAGAAGGAGUGGUGGGAGAUUUACGAAGAAGGCAGACAAGAAGUAGACCGAAAGCAGGCAGAAGGGAAGAUCCCCACUGAUGGGUCCUAUGAAGUGGACUUGGAUAUCAAGCCGGCCGAUGUGUAUUUUGAUGUGGAUGAUACUGGAAAGCUCGAGGAGGAGGAGCUGCUGGUUGCCGGUUCCCGGGAAGCGCGGUCAUCUGCAGACAAGAUGAAAGAUGCGGCGUCAGAUGUUAUGGGCGGUGCUUUAGAGGAUCAUUCUAGGGUGCCAGAGGUUGUGCAGAUGUCGUUUGACCAGUGGGAAGAUGACCGUGUACAGAUGACCUUUGAGGGGGAUACCGAAGAGCCAGUGCACAUGUCCUUCGACAGGAAUUCCUCUCCAGAACAUGAUGGUCAGCAAUCGUUUGGAUGGGACGAGAGCCCGAAGCUUGAAGAGGAUACUUCCUUUAUAUCUAACGCUAAAGACCUUGUCAAAAAAGACCCUACGAAGACUCCUCUUGGGCCGCUGGAGGGCGAGUCUGGAAGAGUAGGAUACGAAAAUCCAGAUUCCGUUUCUUACGUUCAACUGACCUUUGAAACGGAGGUUCUGGGGGUUUCUAGUCACCGCCUGUCCUCGGAGAAUACCCAAGCGAAUCCUAUCCCCUUCACCGACCUGAAACAGGAAGAUCUGGCGUCAGUACAGAUGUCGUUCGAUCCCUGGGCGGGUGCAAGCGACGAGGAGACGCCAAAGCCGGAAAACAAUGAGUACAGUUCCUUCUGCCAGGCGAACGAAAGCGAGAAAGUCGGUCCUAGUAAGGGCGUGCUGAUGUCAUUUGACCCAUGGGCGUCUGACGACGAAGAUAUUGGCGCCCAUGAUGGUGUCACCAUGUCGUUCAUGUAAUCUUGAAUAUAUACCGUCUAUAAAUCGUAAAGGGGACAUGUGGUGUGCUUGGUAUACUGAAUAUCCAGAUGUGAGCUUGAGUGCACACCUUAGCUGGUGGAGGUAUCUCUCGAGUUGGCAUUCCUCUCAGACUCGGUGUUAGCUUGCGGUACUGCAGGGCGGUGUCUCUUCUCAGUGUUAUUAUAGUAAUACUUUAUCUGCUAUAAACGGUAUUAAUACACCCGAGAAUCAUUUCUGAGUGGAACCUGCCAUA